GUCAACCCGAAAAAAUAAGGUUGGUUUCACAUACAAACUGUCAAGAGUAAAGGAAGCGAGCCGAUGGCAGCGAUGCAAAUCUUCCAGCUGCACUGACUGUCAGUCUGGCGUUCAAAUGGAGGACAGGACUGUCAUCAGAUAAUUAGAGCUGCAGCUGAAGACUCUUGAGAAACCCAAGCCAGUCACAUGAGAUGUGAAUUUUCUGAAUCAAGAAUGAGAAAUUCGAGUAACGACGUCGUUGCAGAGGACUGACGAGCACCAUCAUUUCUCACAUAGCCUUUCACGUUUGGCCGCCACUCAGUCUGUCUCGCUCUGCUCCUCUGCCUCGCACACCUUCAUCUACCGACUCUGCUGUUCAGCCAGGGCAGAGUGGACCCAUCCCUCACCCCAGGCUUCGCGCCCUCCCAUCGGCGGCCCGCUCCGGCGGUGUGUUGGUGUACGAUGGCGUGGUGGGACUCUGAGGGCCGCCGCGGGGGACUGUGAUGUCAGAGCCCAACAGCCCGGGCGAGAGCCGGCGUGGCGCUCCCAGAUUCUUCGUGGGCUGCGAGGACGAUGAGAGCGAGGUCCCGGAAGACAGCAUGAGGACAGACAUGGAGCUGUAUGAGGACGACGAAGACACAGACUCGCCCCCGGAGCGACAGAUCGUGGUGGGGAUCUGCUGCAUGAUGAAGAAGUCCAAGUCUAAGCCAAUGACCCAGAUCCUGGAGAGGCUGUGCAGGUUUGAGUACAUCACAGUGGUCAUCUUCCCAGAGGACGUCAUCCUCAACGAGGCCGUGGACAAAUGGCCUCUGUGUGACUGCCUCAUCUCCUUCCACUCUAAGGGUUUCCCGCUGGAUAAGGCAGUGAGCUAUGCCAAACUGAGAAACCCUCUUCUCAUCAAUGACCUGAACAUGCAGUACUACAUACAGGACAGGAGAGAAGUUUACCGCAUCCUGCAGGAGGAGGGAAUAGAUCUACCACGCUAUGCUGUGCUGAACCGUGACCCAGAUAAACCAGAUGAGUGUAACCUGGUGGAAGGAGAGGAUCACGUGGAGGUGAACGGCGAGAUAUUCCAGAAGCCUUUUGUUGAGAAGCCUGUCUGCGCUGAGGACCACAACGUUUACAUCUACUACCCCACCUCUGCUGGUGGUGGCAGCCAGCGGCUCUUCAGAAAGAUCGGGAGCCGGAGCAGUGUGUACUCACCCGAGAGCAGCGUGAGGAAGACGGGCUCUUACAUCUACGAAGAGUUCAUGCCAACUGACGGCACUGAUGUUAAGGUGUACACUGUGGGGCCAGACUAUGCUCACGCUGAGGCUCGGAAGUCUCCUGCUCUGGACGGGAAGGUGGAGAGGGACAGCGAGGGGAAGGAGGUCCGCUACCCCGUCAUGCUGUCUGCCAUGGAGAAACUGGUGGCCCGUAAGGUCUGCCUCGCCUUUAAGCAAACUGUAUGCGGCUUCGAUCUUCUGCGAGCGAAUGGACACUCGUAUGUGUGUGAUGUCAAUGGCUUCAGUUUCGUGAAGAACUCGAUGAAGUACUAUGACGACUGUGCCAAGAUCCUCGGGAACAUCGUGAUGCGUGAGCUCGCCCCCCAGUUCCAGAUUCCCUGGUCCAUCCCCACCGAAGCAGAGGACAUCCCCAUUGUUCCCACGACAUCAGGGACCAUGAUGGAGCUACGCUGUGUCAUCGCUGUCAUCCGACAUGGAGACAGAACACCCAAACAGAAGAUGAAGAUGGAAGUUCGCAACCCCAUGUUCUUUGAUCUGUUUGAAAAAUAUGGAGGUUACAAAACGGGAAAAUUAAAGCUGAAGAAGCCAAAACAGCUACAGGAGGUGCUGGACAUCACACGGCAGUUGUUAGCAGAACUGGGACAGCAUAAUGACUGCGAGAUAGAAGAGAAGAAGUCCAAACUGGAGCAGCUGAAGACUGUUCUGGAAAUGUACGGCCACUUCUCGGGGAUCAACAGAAAAGUGCAGCUGACUUACUUGCCCCAUGGGCAGCCCAAAACCUCAAGCGAAGAAGAAGACACACGUAAGGAAGGUCCGUCUCUGCUGCUGGUGCUGAAGUGGGGAGGAGAGCUGACUCCUGCUGGCCGAGUGCAGGCUGAGGAGCUGGGAAGGGCCUUCCGCUGUAUGUACCCCGGAGGACAAGGAGACUAUGCUGGCUUCCCGGGCUGCGGCCUGCUGCGGCUGCACAGCACCUACAGACAUGACCUCAAGAUUUAUGCAUCUGAUGAAGGCAGAGUGCAGAUGACGGCCGCAGCCUUCGCCAAGGGUCUGCUGGCUCUGGAGGGUGAGCUGACACCUAUCCUGGUGCAGAUGGUGAAGAGCGCCAACAUGAAUGGGCUGCUGGACAAUGACAGCGACUCGCUGAGCAGCUGCCAGCACCGCGUCAAGGCCCGGCUGCAUGAGAUUCUGCAGAAGGACCGGGACUUCACCGACGAAGACUUUGACAGGCUGGCGCCGACCUGUAGCACCUCUUUGGUGAGUUCCAUGAAGAUAGUCCAGAACCCAGUGGCCACAUGUGACAAAGUCUACGCCCUCAUUCAGAGCCUCACCUCUCAGAUCCGCAAAAGGAUGGAGGAUCCCAAGUCAGCUGACCUGCAGCUGUACCACAGUGAGUCACUGGAGCUGAUGCUACAGCGCUGGUCCAAACUCGAGAGAGACUUCCGCAUGAAGAACGGCCGCUACGACAUCAGCAAAAUACCGGACAUUUACGAUUGUGUGAAGUACGACGUCAUCCACAACGCUAGUCUGGGCCUGGAGGACACGCUGGAGCUGUUCAGACUGUCUCGAGCUCUGGCUGACAUCGUCAUCCCACAGGAAUAUGGCAUAAAUAAAGUGGAGAAAUUGGACAUAGCAUAUGCCUACUGUCUCCCACUGGUCAGAAAGAUCCAGCUUGACCUGCAGAGGACCCACGAGGACGAGUCUGUCAACAAACUGCACCCUUUGUACUCUCGCGGAGUCAUGUCUCCUGGGCGCCAUGUCAGGACACGUUUAUAUUUCACCAGUGAGAGUCACGUCCACUCCCUGCUCAGCAUUUUCCGCUACGGAGGCUUGCUCGAUGAGGAGAAGGACCAGCAGUGGAAGCGUGCCAUGGAUUACCUCAGUGCUGUCUCUGAACUGAACUACAUGACUCAGAUUGUCAUCAUGCUGUAUGAGGACAACAAUAAGGACAUCUCCUCUGAGGAGCGCUUCCACGUGGAGCUUCACUUCAGCCCAGGCGUCAAAGGCGUCGAGGAGGAGGAGAACGCGCCGACCGGCUUCGGCUUCAGGCCUGCUUCUGCAGAGGUGGCGCGGCAGAACGGGCAGAAACAGACAGACCCCGGCAGCCUGGAGGACCUCUCGCGAGAUGAGACUGACCGCGCUGUGCCGUUGUCUGAGCCAAUCACCAUUCAGAGGAGGUCCCCGCUCAUACGCAAUCAUAAGACUGGGUCCAUGGAGGUGCUCUCAGAGACGUCGUCCUCCAAAGUUGGCAGCUACCGCCUCUUCUCGCUCUGCUCACGUCAAUCCCCUGAGAUGAAACAAAGUGGAUUAGGCUCUCAGUGUGCCGGGCUCUUCAGCACCACUGUCCUAGGUGGGUCCUCUAGCGCCCCUAACCUGCAGGACUACGCACGUGCACAUCGCAAAAAAUUCUCCACUGGCAGUCUGUCCUACAAAGACGAGUUGUUGUCUAUGCCGGCAGUAAAACGAUUUUCUGUGUCGUUUGCAAAGCAUCCGACUAAUGAGCCCUUGGAGGAGCACCAUGUGGCCCAGUUGUUGAGGCGUUUCUCCACCGACCUCAGCCUGGGCCGCCACCUCUCUCUGGACAGGGCGCUGGCCCACCACCUCCACCUGUGCUCCUACCACCUCCGCCUCUUCCGAAACUGGCUCAUCUCCGGCCAAGACCCCCUAGAGUACCUCCACGGCUUCGAAGGCUGCUCCAUGGUGCCCUCCAUCUAUCCUCUGGAAACACUGCACAACUCGCUGUCGCUGAAGCAGGUCAACGAGUUCCUCAGCAACGUGUGCAUGAACGCAGGGGAUCCGCACACGAGGACCAGCAGAGCCCUGUCAGCCAUGUUUGACGCGCACAACCAGCCGUCAGUGGACUCGUACAUCCCCCAGAAAGUCCUGUCAUCCUCCAUCUCUCUCAGAUCUCGCUCCGACAGGCCUCCUUGGUACAGCAGUGGUCCAUCCAGCACCGUGUCCAGUGCUGGACCGUCCUCUCCCACCACAGCUGACACCUCCCCACGCUUCAGCUUCAGUGAUAAGAUCUCCCUCACCCCUCAGAGCAGCGAGGAAACACACUCGUCUCAGAACGUUUCCUCUCAGACGGUCCCCGUUGUCGGCUCCCAAGUCCUCGAUCCUACUUGCCCUGUGGUUUUGCACCCAGGUGAAGUCCCCCUGACUCCAAAUAACUCACCAGAGGAUGAUGCUGAGCACUGCACUGUUACUGCUCACCAGGCUGAUACUCCUGAAUGCACACAGGAAGGUCCAGAGGUGGCUCCUGCGGCUGUGGACGCCACCGGUGGUGCGGUUUCAGAUCCGGGCCUGAGAGCACCCUGUUCUGCGUUAGCUGAGCUCGCUCUGGGCCGGAUGGAGGGUUACUGCCUCCCAGGCUCCCUGCCUGUGUUGUUGGAGCUCAGGGAGAGCAGCAGUGAGGCGGGCUCCAGCUCCCAGACGCCCCAAUCUCCUGAGGGACCCGACGAGUUCUUUGACACUCAGGAGUCGAUGGAGUUGUGGAUGGACAGUCCAGAGAGCCUCCCUGGUCCUGAGACACCUCUGGAAGUCGGAGCCACUCACACGUCAGAACCGUAGAGCGUGGACACCUCCAGGACAACAGACCUCAGAUAUGUUACAGACUUCAAAAGCAUCACCCAGUGAGGUGUUUUACUGAGCUACAACCUGACCUCUCCUCCAUCUCCUCCAGCUCGAUGACUGUGUUGAGUUAGAGUGGAUGGGCAGCUGGUCCUCACACGAGUCUGUGUGUUUGAGAAUCAUUCGAUGGUGCCCUUCAUGCUGUUCAUUGCCUUUAAAGCACACUGGUGACCCACCAGUGACACCACUGAGCCUCCUCCAACAGUCCACUGUUUCAGUUCAUGUGUCUGUAAAGAUGUAGGAAGCCACUUCUUGUAAGGUGAAGUUUAAAUUUAACAUCUCUUUGUUACUGUUGCUUGUAUGCUGUAGUCCUUUUCCUUAAAGCUGCAAUAGUCAUUUUCUGGCCACUAGAGGGCAGAAAUGCCCAGAGACCCACAGCCCUGACCUGCUAUCACCACAAAGCUGUUGGAGCUGAGCGAUACAGAGUUAUAUUUAUUCCUGAGGAGGAUAUCUGGCAUUUUAGCUGCUAGGCGCUCCACUUUGUUCAGGCACCAACAUUGUCUGACUGCUAUGUUGUGCCAGACAGUUAGUGCACAGUGGGUUUAUCAGGAGUUCAAGUGUUGAGUCUUAAAGGGACAGUUCGCCCUAAAAUCAUAAAUACAUGUUUUUCCUCUCAUCUGUAGUGCUGUUGGUUUGGUCACAUAGUUUUGGUGUGAGCUGCAGAUUAACUGCACCACAGGUCAGGGGGAAAAUAUUCACUUUGAUUUUGUGGUGACCUGUUCAUUUAAUUAAAGAAGAAAUGAUGCGUUCAGCUGAUUCAUUGUGACCAUAAUGUUAUUGAUUAAUGGAGCUUUAAAUUGUGUAAAGUCCCUAAUCUUUGCUUCCCCCUGGAAAGCUGCAGCGGUGAAGUUUCAUAUCGUCCAUCACAGUCAGGUUGGCGUCGGGGCUCCUGUGCUGACGCUGACUGCUUUAUCACAGCUGCUGAAGCACAAGCUGUUCUGCUCUCGUUCGUUGUUACAGGAUACAGAGGCUUGCCGACUCUUUACCUCUAUGACGAACACAGGAAGUGACUCUUCAUUGCAUGCCAGCGUCUGUCCUGUGCUGAGCUUCGCGUUUAGUAGCUGCUUCUGUGAUUUAAGGAAAAAAAAAGAAAAGCAAAAGCUGAAUGACAGCAGCUGAACCUUCAGUCCUGCCAGUAAAAUCGAAUGAGUUUAACCUCCAGGUCAAAGUGUGUGUGCACUGCUUACUGCCAAAGUCCUUAAGCCUCAUUGAAGAGUUAAUAUAAUCAGUAGGAAUUGAUAGAAAGAGAAAAUAAUAUUUAUUUUGAAAUUGCAUCUUGGGAAAAAAAAUGUCUGGUAUUUUUGAUACCCACAUCAGAUAUUUAAUUGUACCAUAGCUCUUGUAUAUUUUUUGUAAAAUCACCUCAUGAUGUGGGAAAGUUAAGCUCUCAUUUUAUCACUGAACAAACAGGAGGGGCAUUUAACAUUAAAUGUGCUUUUAUUGUGGCAAGCAGUGAUGUAGCAGGUGUGUGUGUGUGUGGGUGUGUGUGUUGGGAGGGGGUUGCACACAUGCUUGACAAGCACUUCAGGUAGAUGAGGACUCUGAUGUGCAAUUCUGUGUUCAAUCAGUCAUGUUACAUUUCAUUGUACUGUAGAGGUGAAAAACACAACUGAGUCAGUGCAACUCACCUGUCAUCGUGUGUGUGUGUGCGUGUGUGUGUGUGUGUCGCGGAUGCUUCUUCUUUAAAGGCUCAGUUCACUCAAAUUACAAAAAAACAUUUUGUCACCUGUCUGUACUGGUUUAAUGUUUUUUUUUUUAAUUUUGGUUUGGUUUCUGCAGGGUUUGUGAUAUCUGGAUGUCUGGAGACACUGAGAGGUAUCACACAGAGACCUUCACAAAAGGUCCUGAGUGUUUCUGAGUGUCAGAGCUCCUGCAGACCCUGACAGCAGCGGCUCAUGGCUGUUAGCUCAGACCACAGACUGGCUGUUCCUGCUACGCUGAGCGCCGGACGGUCUGUCACAUUGUCCCAUGUUGCACACUACAUCACCAGAGUCUCUGGCCAGUCCAGUUAGAGCAUUCGCGUUUAAAACUUCCUCUGAGUGACUUCCUGUCGGCUCUCCACACACCUGAAACAGAUAAAGGAAUUUGGCCAUGUGGCUCAAGGCUUUUGAUCAUGCAAACAGGGACUCGUGUGAACAAACAAACAAACUGAGAGCUACACAAACCAAACUUGUUUCACUUUCAGUGUGUUGGAACUGAGGCAGAAACCUGAGAGACAGAAGACUCAGACUCCUGGACGAAUAAAACCAGUGAAGGUGAGAAAAUCAUUUUUGUAAUCUGAGUGAACUGAGCCUUUAAAACCUGCCUUGAGAUCCACCUUUUAAUCACUGAGGAUGAAUUGUCUGUAAUCCACUAAACGCCUCGCUGCUGAGCGUCUGAUGGCUUUGUUCACUGAAAAGCUCUCAUGUUUCAGGUGUGAUUUUACCUGUGUGCUGUCUGUGCUGAGUUCAACCACACACACACGUUUUCCGUCUGCUGACCUCAUAUAAUGUCUGUGUGAAGUUUAGAAACAUGCACAUCAUACUGUAAUACUUCCAUGUUACAAAAUACAGCUAUUGGAAUGUAAGUUCCUUUUGUGGGUCUGCUUUGUUGUUUGGUUUUAGUAUCAGUGGUUUCUGUCUUGUAAAACGAACCAAUUAAAUAAAAAUAAUCAAGCUUAAGAGCAGAAUUUAAGUUUCCCUUAA